AUGGCGGCACCCAUCCUUCUCGUCAUUGCAGAUGGCGGAACAGCCAUCCCGCCAUUACCACUUGCGGGAUCCAUUGAAAAAACAGGGAAGACUGAGUUUCUGGAUGAACUCAACACCAUUGCUGGUUUGAGGCACAAGAAUUUGGUUCAGCUUCAAGGUUGGUGCGUUGAGAAGGGGGAGUUGCUGCUUGUGUAUGACUUCAUGCCCAAUGGAAGCUUGGACAAGAUGCUUUACAAGGAACCUGAAAGGGGGAAGCUUUUGAGUUGGUCUCACAGGCAAAACAUUGCACUAGGGUUGGCUUCUGUGCUGGUUUACCUUCACCAAGAGUGUGAGCAGAGAGUGAUUCACAGGGAUAUUAAGGCUGGGAACAUAUUGCUGGAUGGAAAUUUCAACCCUAGGUUAGGGGAUUUUGGACUGGCAAAGCUUAUGGAUCAUGAUAAGGGCCCUGUUUCCACUUUAACUGCUGGAACAAUGGGGUACCUUGCACCUGAGUAUCUUCAGUAUGGAAAAGCCACUGAUAAGACUGAUGUUUUCAGCUAUGGGGUGGUUGUGCUUGAGGUGGCUUGUGGGAGGAGGCCAAUUGAAAGAGAAGGGUAUAAGAUGUUGAAUCUGAUUGAUUGGGUUUGGGGCCUUCACUCUGAAGGAAAAGUGAUUGAGGCAGCUGAUAAAAGGUUGAAUGGGGAGUUUGAGGAGGAGAAGAUGAGGAAAUUGUUGAUUUUGGGGUUGAGUUGUGCUAAUCCUGAUAGUGCUGAGAGACCCUCCAUGAGGAGAGUGCUGCAAAUUCUAAACAAUGAGGCUGCACCACUUGCUGUGCCAAAAGUGAAGCCAACACUCACCUUUUCUUCUGACCUACCUCUGCCUCUCACUAUUGAGGACAUUGUUUCAGAGGCGGAUCAAGAGUCUAUGUGCAAGAUCAAAAUUGACUGA